UCUAAUUUCAACGAGGAAAGUACUUACUCAGUUCUUCAGUCUGACUAUGAGUGAGAAACAAGCUAUUACACCAUAAUUUCUUUCUCUAUUGUGUGGGAAGUCAGCAUUGCAUCAUCCCUAGGACCGAGAACAAGAGAUGAAGAUCCCUUCUUGGUGGGUGCGGUCCAAGGUUUGGUAGCCAACCUUCAAGCCAAAGAUAUGCAGCUUCUGGAAGGAGAUUGCCCUCCGUGGAAUCCUUGAACAUACAAGCAGAUGGAGUUUACCCCGCUCCCAAGUGGCCAACGGCAUUUCCCCAACCUUUUAAUACAUAACAGAGAUUGGAAGAAUAGAAGCAUGCUUUCCACUGAGACUUACACCAACAUUUGUGAUACAGAAUGUCUCUAAGUGAGAAGAAUAGUGUGGUUUUUGCAUAUGAGUCUUCAGUACAUAGUACCAAUGUACUUCUCAGUCUUGAUGAUCAGAGAAAGCAAGAUAUUCUUUGUGAUGUUACUAUUUUAGUGGAAGACCAACGAUUUCGGGCUCACAAAGCUGUGCUUGCAGCUUGCAGUAGUUACUUCCUUUCAAGAAUUGUGGGCCAGUUGGAUGCUGAUCUUAUCAUCACUUUACCAGAGGAGGUAACACUUAAAGGAUUUAGUCCCUUGCUUCAGUUUGCAUACACAGCUAAACUUAUUUUAAAUAAAGACAAUGUGUCUGAAGUUUGCAAGUGUGCUGAAUUCUUGGGCGUACACAACAUUGAAGAGUCCUGCUUCCAGUUUCUCAAAUUCAAAUUUUUGGACUGUAAAUCGGAUCAGCAGGAAUGUCCUAGGAAGAAAUGUUGUACACAACAUUGUAAGAAAGCAAACCCUAAAAUUGGCAACGUGAAUGAUGGAGACCUAGAAAUAGAUGAUGAAGCAGAAGAACUUAUAGAAAAAGAAUAUAUUCAAACAUCUCACACAAAGCUCUGUAAAGAUGAAGAAAAUCCUAAAACAUCACCUGCUCUCCAAGAUAACACCAAUCAAACGUGUGAUCCGUCACAUUUAGAAAAGGGUAAUGUCUCCAGCUCAUCUUCCCAAUGUCCAAAGUAUAGGAAAUUCCAGAAAGCUUUUGGAAAUGACAAGGUUCAUACUACAGAGUCCAAUUCCAGUAUUAAAGACACUCAGGUGCCACCCUUUCUUGGGAAGGAAAUAUCUGAUAAUGAUGGCACACGAAAAGCUCAGGAGUGUGUACCUAUGCAGCUGGUCUCCAAAUGUGAAGAGACUCAGGUAAAAAUGGAAGAAGGGGAGGAAGACACUGAGAAAAAGGAAGAGUCAAAGAAGGAUUCUGUGACUCAGAGUGUUUCAUGUCCUGUGGAGAAAACUGAUGUUGCUGCUUUCCCUCAAAACACUGCUGCACCUCAUGGACUUAAUUCUGUGUCUUUUUUGCAUACAUGUGAGCAAUAUGGUAACUUGAAUUUCAGUGGUGUGCAAAACAACACAGUCUUAGCUGAAAAAACUGUAACAAGUACUGGAGUUGGGAAUGACAAAAUUGAAGGUCAAGAUGAUGUACCUUUAAAGGUUGAUUUGUGCACUAGAGAAGCCAUUAACAUUACAUCAGCUGGUGAUCGAAGCAGUGUGGAGAGAGAGAUAGCAGAACAUCUAGCAAAAGGGUUCUGGAGCGAUAUUUACAGUACAGAGCCCUGCCAAAUACAUUUACAGUCUGCAGUUCUGAAAGAAUGCUCGGAGCCUGUAUAUUCAGGGAAGAAAUCAGAGUGUCCGUGGCUGGGAAUCAGGAUCAGUGAAAGCCCUGAACCUUGCUCUCAACGAACUUUUACAACAUUGAAUUCUGUCAACUGCCCCUUCAUAAGUAACCUUAGUACCGAAGGAUGCUCCAACAGCUCUGAAAUAAGCAGUGGAGAUUAUGUUCAGGGACAACAGCAAGAACAAUGUCCCUAUAAUUAUGUGAUAAGUUUAGGAGAGGAUUCAGAAACUGACACUGAGGGAGACAGUGAAUCCUGUUCAGCAAGAGAACAAGAAUGUGAGGUAAAACUGCCAUUUAAUGCACAAAGGAUUAUCUCACUUUCCAGAAAUGACUUCCAGUCAUUUCUGAAAAUGCAUAAAUUAACUCCUGAACAGUUGGACUGUAUUCAUGAUAUCCGAAGGCGAAGUAAAAAUAGAAUCGCAGCACAGCGAUGUCGUAAGAGAAAACUUGACUGCAUACAGAAUCUUGAAUCUGAAAUCGAAAAACUGCAAAAUGAGAGAGAAAACUUGCUGAAGGAGAGAAAUCACAUUUUGUCAACUCUGGGUGAGACAAAGCAGAAUUUGACUGGACUUUGCCAGCAGGUGUGUAAGGAAGCAGCCUUGAGUCAUGAGCAAAUACAAAUACUUGCGAAAUAUUCUUCCUCAGAUUGUCCGCUUUCAUUUUUAUUCCCGGAGAGAGAACGAACAGCGCCAUCUGAUAGCGAGCUCGCAAUACCAACGGGUCUAGAACUAGCAGAUGGCCUUUCAGGUGUUACGUCUACAAAUGAGCAGAGUUCCUGUUAUCAGUGUGUGAAAGGUGUGUGUGAUGCACCAUAUGAUCAAGUACAAGAACUGCAUCCAGCUUCUGUAAGAACAUUGGAGAAAACUUCACUCAUAGAGCAGUGUGGACAGAGUGGUGCUAUCACAGACUUCUGUCAGCAAAUGACUGACAAAUGCACUACAGAUGAGUAAAUCUAUUCUCUUCCUAUUGCCAGCCCCUCAACAUUGCGAUUUAAAGCGAGAUUGAGCAUUAUCCUAAAGUAACUUACAAAGUGAAAGUAAAGAGGAAACUUUCUUCAAAAACUACAUUGACAAUUACAUGGUCAUUAUAUUACUUGGCAAGCUUUGGGUUUGCUCUGUGUAGUUCUAGAGUGUAAUUUGUACGUGUCAGCCUUAGAGCAUUUUUUGUGUGGUGAUGGCAAGGGAUGUUCAAUUAAGUUGUUCGAAAGUAUAAACUUUGUGCACAGAUGUGUAUUUGUGAGGAAGCUUUCAUUCAGGUAUCAAGUAGCCUUCACUCUGGUUUAUGCCACAGUACCUAAUGCCACUCUACAUCUCAAGAUUCCUAACAUAUAUUUAUGCACAAUAACUUCCGUACAUGGAGUGCUUAUCUGUUUAAGAUGUCUUUUUUCUUCUGGCAGACAAACUUUAAGAAGCGUAUAUAGCUUUAUAAAUGUUUAUUUUAUAGAUGGGUUAGGAUAACGUGACAUUAUGAGGAGAUUUUGGCAAAUACUCUCUGGAACAGCUAACUGCUUCCUGCUGUUCACAUCCCUGUACCAGAGCCACCUUUUAUUAAAUAUUUGCCUUUGUCUUAGCUUUCCUAUGUGUAGUUAAGAUGAUGGGAACAGCAGAGGUGCUGCAGCAUACUGCUCUUCCUCUGUUUAUUUUUUGUGGGAGAAAUAACGUAUUGGAAAGGCAGAAGCUUGAAACUGAUACAGUUCUUUGCUUUUACAGUGUGCGUUGGAUCCUCUGGCAUCUGAAUCCCAGGUGCUUGUUAAAAUUCACUGAUGUACAGUAACUUACUAUCCUAGCACCUUUGAGCUCGCUGCUGUUUGUGAUGAGUUGGAAUUGAAGUAUUGUGAAAGUUUAUGGACAAGUGGCUUUGUUUUUUUUAAUUAUGGUAUUCAGGCACCAAAUUCUUCAUAACUUGAGUGCCUAAUUGCAUUUUAAGUAAUCUCUAAGUCUAAUUGCCCUCUGAUCACUGGGACCAGUAAAGAUCUAUUUCAGAAUUUUAAUCUUCAGGUUAAUUUUAUGGCUAAACCUGUGGUGCAUUUUCAAUGGCUUGUGUUAUAAGUAUAGAUGUAUAAAAUGUAUAAUAAGGAAAAGAGCUGGAGGGAUUUCUUUUAUUUACUUUAUGAAGGAGAAAUUCAGCCACUAAAAUAAGAGAAAUGGAAAGUAAUCCCCCCCCUUUUAAGAAAGACUUUUACGUGGAAGUAGAUGCAUAUUGUAUACUGAUGAUUGCUUUGUUAUUUAGAUGUUAUUCUCACACCAGAACUAAGUAUUGAACCUCACCACAGAAAACUUUGGUUUUGCUGGUUUACAAAACAUGAAGAAUCUUGUACAAGCCAGUGGAAUUCUUCGUUUCCUACCUCAGAGUGUAUAUUAGCUGUUUGUGUCUUCGUGUGCAUGUACAGUAGGCAGCGACUAGAGCAAAGGACUAUUGUAAAUACUACUUUGCAGUUUUUUCUUGCAGUGAGACAAAACUUGCUAAAGAAACUAUUUGGCAAGGACUUUUUUUAAUUCUUUUCCUCUUAGCAGGUAACAUAGCAUUAAUAAAUAAAGACUAUUAGGCCACUUAUUUAAAACAAAAUUGACAGAUUUCAACAGUACUUCUCGUAACCAGCACCUAAUACAAGUGACUACACUACCUCACUUACACAAUUGAAAGUUAAUUCAAAUCUCUAGUGAUAUCCUUGGAUUUUCAUCAUAUAUCAUAUUUUAAGGGGAAAAAAUAUGUUAAAGGAGCAUAGCUUGUAUAAAUCAGUGCUUGCAGUAACUGAAGUUCAGAAAUAAAUACUAUAUUGCAGACAUCAUGAGAGUUCUGCUGCUUCAGAAAUAUUUUCAGAUAAUCAAAUUGAAAUUCUUUUAAAGUACUAGGAUUUAUAUAUGUUGAUCCUGUAUAUGUAUAACUCGUGAAGCUCUCUGUGUCUGUUCUCCAGCAUCUGUAUAUUCCUGGUUAAUUUAAUCCUGCCUCCCUCAUGUACUGCCAUCAUGGGCAGUAUAUUAUCUGAAGUGUCCAUUUUAAUUAGUAAGCAAGCCAACAGAAACAGUAAAAAUAAAAACAAAGUCCCAAACCCUCUGUCUAUCACUUUUUAAAGUUGUUAUUUGAAACGACAUGGAUAAUGACAUUAAAGCAUCGUCCUAUAAUACAUGUACUCUAAAAUGGAAUUUCUUGGGUUAAAUAUGUUUUGUUAUAAACUGGUGGAGCACGUAUAUAGAGUGACUGGCUGGGAACUUAAAUAUAUCCAGCGGCCCAUACCCUGACUCACCUGGCUGUGAAUGAAACAAAGUCUGUGAUGACCAGGUCCAGAGGCUGGAAUAUCCACUGAAAAGAGUUGUGCUCCACUGCCAUGGUCUGAUCAGCCACAUCUGAAUUCCAUCUAGCAAAUGUCGCAGGGCUUCCAGUGCAGAAGUUAUGGCUGUCGUUUCACGUUGGGUUAGGAUAAAAUUCAUGUCAUGUAUUUAAAUCUAUGAUGAACUUGUUGAAGUUUGAGGGUAGGUUUUUGCCUAACCAGCUGCAUCAAAUAAUUUUUAAUAUUUAUUUAAUACAGUAGACAUACAAGUUGCAUGUUGACUUCUAUAGGCUAUAUCAUUAACUUGCAAAAGUUAAGAAUGAAUGACAAUUUUAUGAUACCGAAUUCUCAGGUAAAUGUUUUGGAGUUUUUCCAGUAAAGAAAUAGUCAAUUUUGAAAUUGUAAAAUACUUUGUUAAAGCAUGUUUUAAAAUACUUUGGACAGAAUAUCUAAAAGCCAUAAGAGUAUGGUGGCAUACAGGUUGUAAAAUAAACAGAUAAUUACAACAGUUGAUUUUGUAUCUUUCAUAAAUAUUUUCUAAGACUACAAUAAAAACCACUAUCCUUUCUACAAAGGCUUUUCUUUUUUUUGUACAGUGACAAUGUUUAUUGGUGUAUUAUUAACUUCUGUAGUACUACUAAAACAUUUCUGAAAGUAGUAGCAAAAUAAUUUAUAUGGUCUAUAAAUUCCUGAAUAAUACACACAAUAGCAAAUAUUACUAAGUUGGAAUAAAUUUCCUGUAAGUUUAUUUG